CCAAAUUUCCCCUUUUCGACGCACGCCCCUGGCGACCCCGACACGCCCGAGCAGUAGCAACAGACUUCCAAGGUUCCCGUCCAUCCUAAAUUUUGUCCGUCGGCCCCCCCCUUCAUCCUCUUUCUUCCUUUCACAUCCCUCUCUUCAACACCCGAUAAUCGACCUUGUGCGUGAGCUUGGCUCGAGGGAGGCUGCCUCUUGUGCGAUUGCUCUUUCCUUCUCGUCGUUCCUUGAACCAGAUACCGGGCCUUUGUCUUGGGUCACGCGCUUGCGUCGAUUGCGUCGCGUCAACGUCCGCCCACCCCUCCUCCCGGACUCGAAACCUAAUACCGCGGCGACAAGUGUCCUCUCCAGCCGCUGCGACUCGCGAUCCAUCAAAUUCGCAUCAAUCCGACCCCUGCAGUUGUGUGCCUGAAAGUCGCCCACCAUGUCGUCCGCUCCGGCCUCCUUUUACGAGCAGCUGCCGCUGCCGACGCUCGACCGUCCCUUCGGCAUCCACCUCUGGCCCAUCUUCGACAAGGCAUGGAACGCCGUCGUCGGUUACCCAGCCGACGACUUCAACUUUGUGCCGUUCGAGACUCCUUUGUCGACCCUCAAGUCGAGUGCUAUCUUCAUCGUCGUAUAUUACAUUGUCAUCCUCGGCGGCCGCGAGCUGAUGCGCAACCGCGAGCCCUUUAAGCUCAAGACGCUGUUCCUCAUCCACAACUUUUACCUCACCGCCAUCAGCGCCAUCCUCUUGGCUCUCUUCAUUGAGCAGCUCCUGCCCACCCUUGUUCGUCAUGGCAUCUUCUACGCGAUCUGCGAUCACAACGGCGGUUGGACCCAGCCCCUGGUUGUCCUGUACUACCUCAACUACCUGACCAAGUAUCUCGAGCUUCUCGACACCGUCUUCCUGUUCCUCAAGAAGAAGCCUCUGACGUUCCUCCACUGCUACCACCACGGCGCCACUGCCCUGCUAUGCUACACGCAGCUCAUUGGAUCCACUGCUGUCUCCUGGGUCGUCAUCACGCUGAACCUGACCGUUCACGUGGUCAUGUACUGGUACUACUUCCAGAGCGCGCGCGGUGUCAGGAUCUGGUGGAAGGAGUGGGUCACUCGUCUCCAGAUCAUCCAGUUUGUCAUUGAUCUUGGGUUCGUCUACUUUGCCUCGUACACGUACUUCACCUCGACCUACUUCCAAUGGAUGCCCAACGCCGGCACGUGCGCGGGUGAGGAGUUCGCCGCGUUUUCUGGCAUUGCCAUCAUCAGCUCUUACCUGGUGCUCUUCAUCUCGUUCUACAUUGCGACGUACAAGAAGCACGGCAAGGCGACGACAAGCCGCAAGUCGCUGCGCCGCAUGAGCCAGGCCCCCCUGCCCGACCCCAUUCACGUACAGGCGGCCACCAACGGCAGUGCUAACGGCAACGCGAACGGCGCGAGCACGACCGGAGCCAAGACCAACGGUGCUACGACUCGCUCCCGCAAGGCCUAAGCGCUCGACUGAAGCCCGUGGUGUCUCUCGCACAGGCGUGCUGCCGUUGGGAGAUGGAGGACGAUGCGGCCGCUCCCGGGCUGUCGACUGUCGAGGUGGCAAGUCGUUACAACCACGUCAUACUAUCUACAACUAAUGGCAAAACACCUCGACCCUUUUUUGGAGUAAUUUUCGAUUUACGCAGUCGGGCGAAUCUGGUCAGGAGUUGGGCCGAGAGCCGUCGCUGGUGCUGGCGACGUCGAUAUGUCUUUUUACUGGCGGUCAUGAUGAUGGGGGGGAGGUUUGAUGACACUUGUACGCUUUACUGGCUUGGGUUCACGGAAAGCAUGACACGGUGACUGCUUGUCGGCUGGGGCCGAAUUGCAUGGCAGAGCUGGGGAUGAGUUGCUGCCACUACGACAUUUUAAUCUCGGCUGGCGGCCGUCGUGUAAACUGAAGCAUCAGAUCGCUCCCGGUCCGGAGCGAGGAUAUAUAGAGGGUGGAAUCGAGUCUCGUUCCGCAUCGUCUGCCGGAG